GCGCCGAUUAUUCCAUAUCUAGCACCUUUUCAAUUUAGGCACCCGCGACUUCAAACCCAACCUCAUUGAGCACCCACCUUCUACUUCAACCACGCCUCGGAUAUGGCCACUCACCAACAAACGCCCGCCUCCAAGAGUGAUCUUGACGCAUUGCGGGCCGAUACCAACUGUCGCUUUGAUGGCGUCGACCGCCGCUUCGAUGCGGUCGAGAGCGCCUUGGACGCAUUGCGGACCGAUGCCGACCGUCGCUUCGAAGCGGUCGACCAUCGCUUCGACCUCCUCUCACUGGAGCUUCGCCGCCUCGACGUUCGCUUCAGGAACAGCCGCUUAAAAAACCCCUUCCAGCGAAUCGAACCGGCACCCGGCUUUGACCUCCAAACCGGAAUCGCAUAUCCAGACCCCAAAUUAUUCCCCCGCAACGCACGCGCCUUUUACGCCCUCAGAGACCCGACAACGGACCACCAGCGGCAAGUUUUGGAGCACUUGCAAUCUUUUUACGAGCUCCGGCGCGGCCCAGUGGAUGGUGGUGGUUCCGACGACGACGAUGACGACGACGACAAAGCCUUUGCAUCCGCCGGCACCCCCGAGCACACCGUGGACGAGCUGCAAGCGAUUCUAGGGCUAGAAGAGGACAAAUUCAUCAAGUUCAAAGAGCGGGCAGAGAAAUUCGGCGCCAACGCGCCAGCCACCACGGGCAAGCAUCCACAUGUCGCGCCCGACGCCGGCGGGGACCGGCAGCGGCAACGGGUCCAAACUGCCGUCAAUCCCCUCUCGGUUUAUCCGCGGCAACGGGUUUUUAUGCAGCAACAGGUCCAAACUGCCGUCAGUUCCCCUGCGGCAAGCUUCUCUGACGCAGGCAGGGAAUGGAUGCAGCAACGACGGGGGGUUCAAACUGCUCCCGUCCCUCCCCCCCCCGCGGAAGACGACUUCUUGGAAUACCCACCAAUAACGUGGGGGGACCGCUCGACGCCCGAGUCGCAGCGACUCACCAUCCAAGGGCUGCAUGCGGCCUUGGCAAUCCACCACCCGCCGCCAUGCGAACCUUCGGACGGCACCAGCCCAACCAACGCCGUGUCGACCCCACCCGGCUUCUUACGCGACACAGCUGGGGGCGUAGCAGACUGAGAUCUGUGCUUCAUUCCUGUGCUUCAUUUCCUGUCUUCAUUUCCUGUCAGGGGCUGGAUGAUUGGUUAUAUUGUAAGGCACGUGUUGUAGCUUUUGAAAGCUGCGUACAAGGUUGGAAACGGGAUCCAAGAUUGGAAACAGGAUCCAAGAUUGGAAUUUAGUCUGAUAAA